GCAGACCCGGAAGCGGAUCGCGUGGGUAGAAGGUCACACCGCAGCGCGUCAGUUUCCCUUUGUUUAGAUUCAAUCUGGGCUUCCCAGCUCCCCCGCGCUUCUGUAUCCGGGAUCUGAGAGUCAACACAGACCUUGAAAUCCCCGCACCGCUCCCUCCACCCCGUGUAAAUUCAGGCGUCUCCGUGAGAGUCCGGCGGUCGCUUCCCUGUGUGUUAAAAUCGCUCGGCGACGGGUCCUGUCCCCGGUCGUUCUGCCUUGGGCCAGAUACAGCAGUCUCGCCAUGUUGCCCAAACUGGUCUUGAAAUUCUGGGCUCAAGCAAUCCACCUGCCUCGUUCUCCAAACGUGCUGGGAUUACAGGCAUGAGCCACCACGCCUGGCCGAGUAUUCAGUAUUUAUAAAAUCUACAGCAGUACACAGUUAUGUCGUAGGCCAUCACAUUCGGUCACCACACACUCACUCACUCAUCCAGAGCAAUUUCUAGUCCUGCAAGCGCCAUUCAUGCAUCCCCCAAGCACAUGAAUAUUGAUGCUGGCAAUUUGGAUAUGCCAGUGAGAAGCUGUCACGUGCAUAAUUUAAGUGGAGUAAAUAGAGGAUUGACUUAUAAACAGUCAUGCUAUGUGAUGAAGAAGCCCAGAAGAGGAAGGCAAAGGAGUCAGGGAUGGCUCUUCCUCAGGGACACUUGACAUUCAUGGACGUGGCCAUCGAAUUCUCUCAGGAGGAGUGGAAAUCCCUGGACCCUGGACAGAGGGCUUUAUACAGGGACGUGAUGCUGGAGAACUACAGGAACCUGGUCUCCCUGGGGAUCUGUCUUCCUGACCUAAGUAUUAUUUCCAUGUUGAAGCAAAGGCGGGAACCCUUGACUCUGCAAAGUCAAGUGAAAAUAGUAAAAAAUACAGAUGGAAGGGAAUGUGUCAGAAGCGUGAACACAGGGAGGAGCUGUAUAUUGGGAAGCAAUGCAGAAAACAAGCCUAUUAAAAAUCAACUUGGAUUAACCCUUGAGUCACAUCUGUCUGAAUUGCAGCCGUUUCAAGCCGGAAGGAAAAUUUACAGAAGUAAUCAAGUUGAAAAGUUUACAAACCAUCGUUCCUCAGUUUCACCACUUCAAAAAAUUUCUUCUAGUUUCACAACACACAUUUGUAAUAAAUAUAGAAAUGAUCUUAUUGAUUUCCCAUUACUCCCACGAGAAGAGAAAGCAUACAUUAGAGGAAAAUCUUAUGAACGUAGUGAAGAUGGUGAAGUUUUUAGAGUCCCUACAAGCCUUACUAACCAUCAAGCAAUCCAUACUGCAGAGAAACCUUACAAGUGUACUGAAUGUGGCAAGGUCUUCAGUCGCAAUUCACACCUGGUAGAACAUUGGAGAAUUCAUACUGGACAGAAGCCUUACAAAUGUAGUGAAUGUGACAAGGUGUUUAAUCGCAAUUCAAACCUUGCACGACAUCAAAGAAUUCAUACAGGAGAGAAGCCUCACAAAUGUAACGAAUGUGGCAAAGCAUUUAGAGAGUGUUCAGGACUAACCACCCAUCUUGUAAUCCACACUGGAGAGAAACCUUACAAAUGUAAUGAGUGUGGCAAGAACUUCAGGCACAAAUUUUCUCUAACCAAUCAUCAGAGAAGUCACACGGCGGAAAAACCUUACAAAUGUAAGGAAUGUGGCAAGGUCUUUAGUCUGCUUUCAUACCUUGCACGGCAUCAAAUAAUUCAUAGUACAGAGAAGCCCUACAAAUGUAACGAAUGUGGAAGAGCAUUUCGCAAGCGUCCGGGCCUUAUGGCCCAUCUUCUAAUCCAUACUGGAGAGAAACCUUACAAAUGUAAUGAAUGUGACAAAGUCUUUGGGCGCAAAUUAUACCUAACCAACCAUCAGAGAAUUCAUACUGGAGAGAGACCUUACAAGUGUAAUGCGUGUGGCAAGGUCUUCAAUCAAAAUCCACACCUUUCACGACAUCGGAAAAUUCAUGCUGGAGAGAAUUCACUGCAUACCUUACAGAUGCAAUGAAUGUGGCAAAGUCUUUAGUUACAAUUCACACCUAGCACAGCAUUGGAGGACCCAGGAGAAAAACCUUACAAAUAUCAUGAAUGUGGCAAAGAAUUUAGUUUGCAUUCAAGCCUCAUCACUCAUCUCAUGAUUCACACUGAAAGGAAACCCUAUAAACGUAAAGUUAAUAACAUAUAUAAAUAAUCUAUAAAGAGAGAACAGUUAUAUCAGAAUAGAGCAUUUAAUGAAGACUACCAGUAUAGCAUAUUCUUGAGUAGGAUUCACAUUUAACUGCUGGCCCUAUAAUGUGUAACUCUUCGAUUUAGAAUGUACAUACUUCUCAUGUUUUAAGUAAUGAAGUUUUUUUUCUUUUUUCUUUUUUUUUUGAGACCAAGUCUCGCUCUAUCACCCAGGCUGGAGUGUAGUGGCACGAUCUUGGCUCACUGCAACCUCCAUCUCCCGGGUUCAAGCGAUUCUCCUGCCUCAACCUCCUGAGUAGCUGGGAUUACAGGCAUGCGCCACUACUGCCCGGCUAAUUUUUGUAUUUUUAGUCGAGAUGGGUUUUCCCCAUGUUGGCCAGGCUGGUCUCAAACUCCUGACCUCAAGUGAUCCACUGGCCUUGGCCUCCCAAAGUGCUGGGAUUAUAGGUGUGAGCCACAGCGCCCGGCCUAGUUUAAACUUUUCUUAGUGUGAAUGAAUCACAUCCUUUCUACCAACAUUGUUUAAUCUUACCUCAGGAGGAUACUUUAUAGUAGAGAAUAAUGUCCCAUUAGGAUUUUAAGGUUGAAGCAGCCAGAACUGUGUGUGUGUGUGUGUGUGUGUGUGUGUGUGUGUGUGUGUGUGUGUGUGUGACAUAAAACAACAUACGCUUUUGGGUGCAUAUACUUAGGUAAGUAUGAUUUUGAGUAAUUACACUUAGUACAUGAAUUUGUCUCUCUGUACUCUGGCGUAGCAUGCUUAUGUGGGUAAAGUCAAAAUCACUUUGUGAAUAGCAGUGCAAUUUCAGCCUUGUACACCCUCAAAUGUGCAUCACUGUUAAUGAGUAUGCCCUGUAUUAUGUUUCUACAUGCCUCUUUCUUGUGUGCCAAGUAAGACCUAUGGUGAGCACCUUCAUUUUCAUGCAGCAAAAAUAUAUAGUAAUAUGACAAAUAAUUAGGAAAUAAAGUAUUGGUUGAGUGUAAAAAUGUAGCUGGGCGUGGUGGCUCACGCCUAUAAUCUCAGCACUUUGGAAGGCUGAGGUGGGCGGAUCACGAGGUCAGGAGAUCGAGACCUUCCUGGCCAACAUGGUGAAGCCCUGUCUCUACUAAAAAUACAAAAAAAAAAAUUAGCUGGGCAUGGUGGUGGGCACCUGUAAUCCCAGCUACUCGGGAGGCUGAGGCAGGAGAAUCGCUUGAACCGGGGAGGCAGAGGUUGCAGUGAGCUGAGAUCGCACCACUGCUCUCCAGCCUGGUGACACAGCGAGGCUCCGUCUCAAAAAAAAAAAAAAAAAAAACUAUAACACAA